GUAUCUACUUCUCACCAGCCCAGGGCUAUAAGGAUCUGUCACCGCUGCAAUCCAAAUCUGCAAAGUGCACCUAUUCUCCUGUGUGGCAGCAGAGCUCUAGUCAGCCCCUCAGCUUGCCCCUGAUAAACCGUCCACACUAUUUGCUGAGUCUAACAACUCUCGCAGUAUCACAGAUAACUAUAUUCUUCUCCACUCUCUAAAUUUGUGGCUCUCUGAAAGUCAGCUUUUCAUAACCUUCCCAAACAAUAUAAUCCUGACCUUUAACUUUCUACUAUUGUUUUUCAGAAAAUGCCUCUUCUCAAAACUCCCUUAAUCCUCUGUUUCUAUCAGUCUCUAAAGGUUUGCUUGACUCUGGAAUCUCUGUAAUUUUAGUUAUGCAGAAUCCAUGGGCUUUUUCAGGCACUGUAAAUUGGCAGUUUUUCUCAAAAGUGCAUGCUGAGUCCCCGGUGUCAGCUGUGAUCUGUCUCUGGAGCUCUCGGAGCCUGGAGAGAAGCCUGCCAUAUGGGUCAUGGUUUGACUAUGUUUGUGGCUGGGUGUCCAUGAGGGAGAGGGAGAACUUCCUGAUGCUGAGUUAUGAAGAGCUGAAAUGGGACACAGAAGGAACUGUGGAGAAGAUCUCUCAGUUCCUGGGUAAGAAGGUAGAGCCGGAAGAACUUGACCUAAUCAUCAAGAAUAACUCCUUUGAGGUCAUGAGAAAAAACAAGAUGUCCAAUUUGUCCAUGCUGAACUCUCAGUAUUUAGUUCACAAAAACCCACUUCUGAGAAAAGGCAUAACUGGGGACUGGAAAAAUUACUUCACGGUGGCCCAAGCUGAAGCCUUUGAUAAAGUAUUCCAGGAGAAGAUGGCAGAUCUUCCUCGGGAGCUGUUCCCCUGGGAAUAAUGUCUAAGAUAGUUCUGGAUCUUAUAUGGAUGCUGAAUACUAUUUGUCCUGUCCCUGUAUGUGCGCAUGAUUUGGAGUCAUUGUAUAAAACCCAUUUUUUUCAUCCUGGAAACUUGAAUGAUCAAAUCCUGGUAUCUUUGAGUAUUUGCUUGUUAAAAAUCACCAUGGUACCCUUUCCCAUUACAGACUUGUUGAAAAGUUUGUAGUGUUUCAGACAUACAGAAUGCUGCAGAAAUGAUCUAAGUAUGAUUCAUAAGUGUGUUCAAAAUAUGAUUUGUUUUUUGAGACAGAGUCUUGCUCUGUCACUGAGACUAGUGUGCAGUGAUGUCAUCAUACCUCCCUGCAACCUCAAACUCCUAGGGUCAAGAAUUUCUCCUGUCUCAGCCUCCUGAGUAGCUAGGACUGCAGGUGUGCAGCACUAUCCCCAAAUAAUUAAUUUAUUUCUUUUUUGUACAGACCACAAGAAUGUCCAAUGUCUGGCUGCAAAUAAUACUCCUCCCUGAGCCUACGUGAUUCCAUAGAUUACAGGCAUGAGCCACAAAGCCUGGCCAGAAAAUUUUUAUCAAAAUAAGCAACAUUGAUAGUGAUAAAUUUGCAAGCCAACAAUAAAAAUAACGAAAAUAAUAAAUAAAACUACACAAGCAACAAAGUCUCCUUUUCUUCCCAUCACGUGUAUUCCCACAAUUUAUUAUUAUUCUGAGCUUAGGAGCACAAUUCCUGCAGGAGAAAAUCCUGGUGGGUAACAAGAGUGACGCCAUCUUGAAGAGAAACCAUCACAGUGAUCAAUGGUGGAUAUCUCCAUGCCAGUGUGUUCUGCAGCAAAGUUUUCCACAAUACCUGCAGUAUAGAAACCCCUCGUGGAGAUGCAGUAGACCCUCCAUAGCUGACCACCUCCAUACAAUGACUACCUACUUAUGUCAACCUAAUUGUCAUAGACAGACAUGCACCAUGUGGACAUAUCAGUACAGUGGGCCUGGUCCAUAAUGUUCAGCACCUUCGUAUGGUGACAGUUUGUUUGGGAGGUCAACUUACAGAGGUUCUCCUGUACUUGUCAUAUCCCUCCAGUG